AGGCGAGAGGGUUUAUAUAGAGCCGAGACGUCUGUCUGCUUAAUAGGCUACUUCGUUCAGAACAUCUGGAAGAGGACAACACAGGUAAAAAAGAAAACGCCAAUAUGAAACUCUACCUGGCUGUUGCUACCUUGAUGCUUGUGAUGAUCGCACACUCUGAGGCUACAGAGGAACCCACAAUUGAAGAGCACUUUGCCAAUUUCCAAGCAAAACUCCAGGAGUUUGGAACAGACCUGGGCGAGAAGACCUCAAAAGUCCUGAAGGACCUGGAUAAUAGUGAAUUUGUCACCAAGACUAAGAACUGGCUUUCAGUUAACCUUGAAAAACUCAAGAACAAGUUUGAUGAAACCUUUACCCAGUAAACCCUGCAUUCCCUGCCAACAUGACGUCUGAGUCUCCAUGCCUUGUUGUGCUUGAAAGACACAAGCUUUUCUAACCUCUACAAUGUGAUCUGCUCAGUGACGAUCUGUGCAAUAUCUUGUCAUUUUCAUAAGCAAAUAACUAUUCUUUCAAUUUCUGAAAAUGUUCUAAUAAAACCUGGAAAAUAUCCAAACAAUAAAAAACUAAACCAUU